AUGGCUGCCAUGAAGACCGCCUCCAGCUGCGGAUACCAGACGAGCCGUCAACCACACACGACCAACGUUGUCGAUCCUCGCUCGGCGACCACAGCGUCCUCCCCUGAAGGGUCCAAGAGUGGCCUCUUCUCGGGUGCCACUGGUGCCUCUUCCAUGCGAACUGGCGGCGGGUCUCCGCAGGAGCGCAGCUUCUGGAGUGCCUACUCCUCCAUCGUCCUCCACCUGAACUCCACGUGUUUCGUGAGUGCCGCGGACGUGGCUUGUGCCUUGGCCACUAUCCUGGUGGUAGGGGUGCUCAUCGUCGCACUGGUGGUUCUCACAGACAGAGGCAGUCAUGAUCCGCGCAAGCAAAAAAUAGAAGUCGUCAUCCGCGGCCCCUUUGGCGUCCUGCGCGGGAUCGUGCAGCCAGUGACCGGCCGAAAUUUCUCUUACUCUUUCUUCGGCGUUCCUUUCGCCCAGCCGCUCAGUGAAACCAAGCGUUUUAGGCCAUCCCAACUACAGGUCGUCCGGAAGGUCCUGCCGAGCAGUACCUCAGAUACAAACGUACCGAUAUUCGGCAGGCACGUGUUCAAUGCGUCCUAUCCCCGGCCUGCCUGCAUCCAGUCGCUGCCGCUCGAUGUCGAGCGUGCCGUUUCCGAGGACUGCCUUCACCUGAACAUCUGGACGCCGUACCCUAACUGCACUGAACGUAACCUGCCCGUGUGUGCCCACCGCUCGGUGCUUUUUUUCGUGCAUGGCGACAACUUUCAAGAAGGCGGAAACAAUGACCGCCUUCUGGACGGUCGGUACCCCGACAGCACCACUUAUUGCCGGGAACUGCUGCUAGAAGAAGCGUCGCGACAUGUGACGUGCGAUAACGUGAGCUCCCCGCUGACCUGCCUUCAGAACGUAGAGAAUGCGUUGGAGUUUGGCCGGCCCAUCCGCCCCCAGUUCUUUCCGACAUUCGGCCGGCUGCUGCCUGACUUGCCGAUCAAGAUGGCUAGUACAGUGAAGGUGCGCUAUAUAGGUGACUCAUAAGACCAAAGACGUUAUGGUGAAAAGAAAAAAAAAACAGCUCCAUCAUGUUGUGUCUGCGCGAAUAAAACGUAAUUUGUUACCGGUUUACACCGCAGCUUCUGGUGGCGCUACAAGCGCCCGAAAACGUUGUAUGCUUAUUUCCCUCUUUGUUCUAGAAAAUUUUGAUCAUUCCCGUUAUUUCCUUAUCAUGAGGGAAUGCGGGCGAGUAAAGAUAUGUGUGCAGGUAAAGGACGAAUUAUGAGGACUGAUGCUCGACGCUUCCUGUGUCAUCGAAGGUUGCCGUGGGACUAAAUUCCAUCGCAAUAGGUUAAUUGGCCCAAGAUGUUUUGGGGAAGCUUUAGGUCAGGGGCUCUCAUCUAAAUGCAUGGUAAAGAAGAAACCAUUUUUU